CCUCUUGUUUACGAAAUUCGCAGCCAAACCGUGCAGGUUCUUCCAAACAGGCACCUGCCCUCUCUCUGCAGCGCAUUGUAACUUUGCACAUAUCUUUUCAUCUAUCAUGCCACCCGACGUUCACCACAGUGCACAAUUCUGCCGAUUUUAUGACGCUGGCUACUGUCGGAACGGAAAUAGCUGUCGAUUUAGGCAUGAUCCCCAGUAUUAUCUACCAAUCGCAGUUGAUCCCAAUUGGAUCAAUGCUCCUCCUCUACUUGACACGGGCUAUAUACCUACUCAAUAUAUUUCUCCGUAUGCGCCGCCACUGCCGGUGACGAAUGCUGUCUCUUAUCUGUCGCCCUUUUGGCUAUCCGAGUCGUAUCCCCAAUUUCCGCCUCCUCUGCCACCUCCAUCGCAAUACCACCCCGAAGAAUUAUACUCUCCUGUUCUUCAACCCGGAUAUAUCUCACGUAGUAAUUCGAUGGAUUCAUCCAGCGUUACAAGCUCUCUGGCCACAGUGUCUGAUCAUCACCACUUAAAUAAUUUUCAAGUAAUGGGAGGAGCACCAGUGGUCGAAGAUCCUUUGAAUAAACCCGAAUGCAUCGUCGUUCCGGUCGACCAUUGUGCGGGCUCUACGUUAUUCAUUGGCUCUUCUGGCAUACCAAAGGCACAACUUCAAAACAUUCAGACUACCUCGGAUGAUAACUCUUCCAAGCUACACUCCAAUGUUGAACGCAAACCGUAUAAGACUGUACGAUGUAAAUUUCACAAACCGCCCAAAAGGCUUUGCCCAAAAGGAGACGACUGUACAUUUAUUCAUUCAAAUCCCGUUCCGCUACUCCCUAGCAAAGAUUCGUCGCAAGCAUCAUCAGGGUCUGAGAAAACCACAGGACCUAGCAUCAAGAUAACUUCUGAGUCCAAACCUCGCUCGCCUGAACACGCCCUUCCCUCAAAGCCGUUGACACAUAUUGAGGCGGAAAGGCAGAAAGGAUAUUUCGCCGUCACCUGGCGCGUUAUUUCGGGUGGAGUUCAGAUGGGCGUCAAUAAACCCGAUUCGGAAAUCACACUAGAGCAUGACACGAAAACGACAGACUACAAGCACGAAGCAUCAAUGGCUCUCCCCUCAAUGUUUUCAGCUGUUGCUAGCGUCUGUCGUGCAAGGUCACCCGCCCAGUCGUUAGACUAUUCUCAUUCCGCGAGGGUUUACAAACCACCCAGAAAGCGGACAAUAUCGAAUCCUUCGAGGGUACCCCCUGUGCUAGAUUCGAUUGGUGUUUAUCCAGCUGAAAGUCCAUGAUAUUGAUGAUACAACGGCAUAUAACGCCCAGAUAACGCCAUACCUUGCAACCCCUUAUUAGCCCUUAUUAGAACACUAAAUCCCACUUUUGGUGUUGACCGUUUCCGCUGGGCCCAGGGGGCUGGCACCGGAGUUUUCCGUGAAAUCAACUGGUGCAGACCCCCCCCGUGCGAACUUUGACUUGCCAGCCACGG